AUGGCUUUAUCAAAGGACUUCGAGCAAUCGCCGCCACUGACCGCCAGCGACAUGGCCGACCAGACGAAGCGGUCCAACACGCCGGCGCUACUCGUCCGCAGAUCGUCAUUGAUGAGCAGGUUCCCCGAGUCUGGAUCGUCGGCGUACGUCCUCGAUUGGGGGACCAACGAUUGCAAGCAACGACUCCUCAACCACGCCGACGACCUUUUGAGAGAAGCAGUUGGCCGCAGGCGGCUCACCAUCGUCCAGGGGCUUCCGCUGGACCUGGUGCAGGUGUUGAGGGACUCGCUGGGCGUCGACCCUGCUUUCCUCGAAGCGCAUGCUGGGAGGCGAAGAUAUCGGCCAUUGAGGCCCGACGACGGCUCGAGCUUCAUAUCCUUUGAAUACCCAGAGCUCGUCAAGACCGCCAGGGGAAACUGUGGGCCUGAUCCUGGUUAUAAGCCGUCUGCGAGACAAUCUGACUUGGUGGAUGUGAUGGAUGAAGCACCCUUCCACAUGAUGUCGAGGGAUGGACAGGCUGUCAUGUUCUGUCAUGCGUCGCUAUGGAUGAGUAGCAAGGCAGAUGUCCUGUUUCUGGAUAGGCCGAUAUGGAAUGAUCCUUCCUCACAAGUCCACAAGGCCCGGCGGCCACUCUCUGUUACCCGCUCGUGGCAGUCAAAAAUCGACGAAUCGCAAAUGGACGGGACUUCCGUGUGGAAUGUCCUGAUUGCAGAAGGAGACGAGCUGCCAGGUCUGGAAGACAGCCUCUUGCGAACGUUCCGGCAAGCAAAUGUGGUCAGGCAAAGCCUACCCGAUAUCCUACGCGAAGCCGUCUACGACAAAUGGCUGGACUUCUUCGAGACUCUCCCCCCGUGCUCCCAGUCGGGCUCUCUACACGACUCAUCUCUGUACUGGCAAGCGACAGAGUCUCUCGAGCAGAAUCUGGAUUUGGCUCACAACCAGGAGCGGCAACCCGAUUGGCGUAGCCUUCUCGACCGAUUGCAACGCCGCAUAGCCAUCUCACGGCUUGAGACGUCGACAAUUCCACAAACCCCUGGGUGGCCCCGUACACAACCGACGACGGCGGCAUUGCAGACACGAGAUAUGAAUCUUCCCGCACAGAGCAGUCGGUCAUGCGCGGACGACGGCGAUCACUGGCCGGAUCAGAAGGAGGCGAAUCAGCGAGCACUCGAUCGCGUCACUUAUCUAGGAGGCAUUCUUCUCCCAUUCACCGUGGUGUCCGCUAUCCUCUCCAUGAACGAAGAGUAUGCACCGAACUCGCCGCGAUUCUGGAUUUUCUGGGUGGCCUCCGUCGGUGCUGCCAUCCUUUGCCUGCUCAUCAUCUACCUGGACCAACUGCGCUGUCUCGAGGUCUACUUCGAGGUGGUAGCCGCUGACAAGGUCGAAUCGAUCUUCCCGUCCGGAACGCCACACCACAGCCAUGGUGUCGCGUUCAUGUCCAUGUCAGAAACAGGAGUGCGCCGGCCGUCGCGUUUGACAACAGAAAUGUUCGUCGACAUGCCGGAUCCUGGCGUGGGCGACAUGGAGGUCUUGGCCGAUUCGGCCGUGAACCCGACAAUGCUCGUUCAGCAGUGCAAAGACGGGUCGAGGCCGAAGGCGUGGCAGCGGAGGCAGCUGGGCUGGGGCGGCGCAAUGAAGAAGGUCGUCGGGUAUUAUCGGUGGAUGGGCGGCAAGCCGGUACAGUUGAGUCCAUACGGGGAGAGGUUCCGGAUGAAGGCAGUCUAG